AUGCCAGGCAAGAUUCUCGUGCUCGGCGGCACGGGCCCCGCGGGCAUCUGCCUCCUACGCGAGCUCCUCUUCCGAGACCACGACGUGAUAGCAUUCGCAAGGAAUCCUUCCAAAAUACCCGAUGAUCUCAAGUCGAAUCCAAAGCUCGAGAUAAUCAAAGGCGAGCUGACUGACCGCGAGCAACUCGCCGACGCCGUCUCACGAAGCUCAGCGGUUCUGUCCCUCCUAGGCCCAAACAGUCUCCUGAACACGGAUCCGUCGGUAUACUACAAUUUCUACAUACUGCUGUUCGGACUCAUGCGUGAGCAUCAGGUUCGCCGCAUCUUUGCCAUGAGCACCCUCUCGGUCUGGCAGCCUGGCGACCAGUUCUCCCUCAUUAGAUGGCUCCUUGUGGCUUUGGUAUUUGUUGUGGCGCAUUAUGGAUGGCGGACCGCGCGGGCGAUUGCGCGCGUCUUCGAGGAGCAUGCUGGGGGGUUGGAUUGGACUGUGUAUCGUAUUGGUGGCAUUCCUGGUGGUAGCGAUGAGGAAUCUUGGCGGGCGGAUAGAGAGGAUCAUGAGACGUAUGAGGGCACGGUUGGGGCGCCGGGGUGGUCUCCUCAGCAGAGGAGGGCAGCGCUGGCGAGGUGGCUCGUCGAUGCUCUGGAGGAUGGGAAGCAGGAAUGGGUUCGAAAGAUGCCUGCGAUCACUGCUUUGGCUGGACGAGCCAAGCUUCGGUGA